AUGGAUUCAAUUCCCACACCAGCUGAGGUUACCACGAAGAACUGUCCUCUCCCUUCAUGUGAGGUGCUGUGUGAACACGAUCAUGAUUGUGGUGUGGGAUUCUUCUGCGACAAACAUUUUAGGAUGUGUGCCCCUUUAAGAGAUGAAGGCCAUUUCUGUCGCCGGGAUAGUCAGUGCUCCCAGGGUCUGAGCUGCAUGUUUGGCCAGUGUCACUUCACUGUUCCCAAAGGACACGAAGGAGCUCGCUGUAAACACGAUGAAGACUGCAGUGUUUCCAUGUGCUGUGCAAGACAUCAUGGAGAGAUGAUCUGCAAGAAGAAGUUGACUUCAGGCAUGGACUGCUAUGUUCCUGAUGGAGGGCUGGCUUACAGCAUUAACCAGCUGUGUCCCUGUGAGGAAGGGCUAAUCUGCAGAAACAACAGGAUCAUGCGAGAGAAAGAGUUUGAUUAUUGGGAAAAUGUGGAUACCUGGCAGUGCCUGAACCCUUCUUUGUCCUAACAAAAAGAAUACAUUCUGUACACAGCUGUAUUUACUGUAAAUAUAUUCCAUGUUAUUUAAUCACAAAUUUGUUAAGUGAUUCAUAAUGUAAAUACUGAUAGCAGUCAAUUUAUAACCAUUACUAAUGAAUACAAGGAAAUGCUGUUUAGGUAUUAGGGCAUAACUUGUUCAUUCUAAUUACUCACUGCCACAUCACAACACUGAAGAGAAAAUACCAUCUACAAUGCGCAAGUGGAGUUAGUAGUAGUUAUUGAAAUGGCUACUUCAAUAUUCUAAGUUGUUUUGUCACUUUAUGCAUGUUGUUUAAGACAUGUGUCCUGUGUGGAAGAAAAAAAGUUGUGUAGUACCCAAAGAUUUGAGCUUUUGUUUUGAUGGUUAGGUCCAUAGACUAGUCAACCAACUGAUUGCAAUGACUAGUCCACAACUCCAUCAGCAAUGCAUCAUGCAAAAACAGGGAUGGUUAAAGUCAAACUAAAAAUGAUAGAUUAUGAAAUUCCUAUGGAAGGGUAAGACUCCUGAGCCAGGAAUCCUGGGCAC